CAGGCCCUGCGUCAACUCCAACGCCGACGCUUUGGCUUCGGUCGGUGGAUUAUUUUCAGAGACCUUUCAGUUCAGGUUCAGUCGUGUUCGUAACGUCGUCGAGUAAAAAUCGAAAGGGCUUGAUCAGAAAGAUAUAUACAUAUAUCGGAAGCCUAAUCUAAUUUGGCCUUUAACAAUACAAACGCACUUUCUUUUCUACGCAUUAUAAAGGUGCGUGUGCAUAAGGAGAGUGAGAUAGAGACAGAAAGAGAGAAAGAGAGCGGUCAAACGAGCGUGCGAGAGGUGAAAUAUUCAAAUUUAAAGGCGAAGCGUGUGUGUUUGACCCAUGAAGAGUUAAAAACAGCAUCGCGAAUUGCAGAAAAUCGAGAAUAAAUAAACCCCUUCGGAAACGUGUUUGAUCUGUAUUUUUGGCACCUUGGUCUGGCAAACAGCAAAAGCAUUUCCCUAUGAUUGGCUCAUUCUGGAAUCUGUGCAGAGCGUGCCCAUCAAUGCCGGUAGACAAGCAGCUCCACUCGGAGUAUCGGAGCACUUAUCGUUGGCAUGAAUUUACGGGCAACUCGCGACCAGAGGUUGUGAGACGGGCGCCAGCCCCAAACCCAAGUCAAUUCGUUGGCCCGACAAAUGAGCCGCCAUUGCCGCGACGGAAAAAAUGUCCAGAAUUAGCAUAUAAAUCGCACGAGUUUAUUAUAGGAUCGGAAUAUACGGAUGCACGCCGAGAUGCCAGUGCACAUCGUUUGGCGAGAUCGGAGGAGCGGGGCGGAACACCCUCGCGACGCAGCAAAUCGGAGGGACCACCCGUCGUGCCCAAUGGACGAGCGUAUCCCGUUGCAACGGAGAUCGACGGAACCACAAGAAAACAGGCGGGUGAGUCAAAUGGGCUAUUCAAAAAGACCAUCACUAAGUUGAGCACUGAGUACCGCCUGCAAUUCGUUUGGCCCACUGUCCGACGGAUUAAGGGCGGCGGCGAGGCGACGUCUAGAGCCGCUGCCGGCGAUUAUCCGAGAAAGUCCAUAUCGCUGGGCGCCCUUCGGUCCGGCGGCCAGAGCCACAGUCACACCCAAAACCAGAGUCAGAGUCUGACCCAAGCCCAGAAUGGUCACACACAUCACACAAUGAUGGGUGGCGGUGCCGGCUUGCCCACGGUGCAUAAAAAACGUACAACAAAUCAGAAAGAAGCUACUCUACAUGAGUUGGAGCCCUUGGUUAGCGAUACGGAUGAUAGAAAAACGCACGAGAAACAAGUGACCAUUGUGGAGCGCAAGAUCACCUCGCGUCCGUUCUCGCAGGCCAUCGACCAGGAGCGCCUCAACCACUUCAUCACGAAAAAGGAGAACUUUGGCUUCGCCGAUGCCGCCUCGGCCGCCGCAGCCCUCAAGGAUGAGGUGGACAACCGGCAGCAGGGCGCCGAAUCGGGCCAGGUGGUUGUCCUGAACGGCUCCGCACCGCCGCACUCUAAGCCGAACUUGGAUUUGUGGUUUAAGGAGAUGGUUGAGCUCCGCAAAAAGGCUGGCGAAUACAAGUGUCGCGGCUGGGGCAUAGAAAUCGAUCCGGAAUUGUACAAGAAACAGAAGGAUCUGUGGGAUCAGGUUUCAAAGCGCAGCUCACUUUCAGCUCUUUCCCUAGCUUCGACUGUUCAUAGACCCAUUACAAAGGAGGAAAAGGAACAGGAGAACAAUAAGAAAUCCACGCCAUUACAAAAGACCCAGAAGCCUCGUGCUCCUGGCCAAGCCUUCUUGAUUGAUAAUAAGGAUGAGAUUUCAGCACUGCCAGCGCGCUUUAGCAAUAUUCGUCAUCACCUUGAACGCACCACGGGUCCGGAUGUGGAGGAGGGCGCUCUGCUGCCCUCGCCCACGCGCGAGAAACUGAUGCCGGCCAUAACCAAGCGGGAGUCGGAAUCCCAGAGGGGAAGUCCCAAGAAGACCGCCUUAUCCAGGCACGGAUCGCCCCAGAAGGGCAGUCCUCAGAAGGGCAGUCCCAAGAAGGUCCUCAAAUCCCGGUCGCAAUCCGCGGGUCCGGGCGUUGCUGAGAAUGAGUCACCGAAGCGGCAGAUCCGGUCGGCGAGUCAGGCGCCCAGCAGCCGCAAAAAGACGCCGACAACCGGAAGCGGAAGCGAACGCAAGGCACGCCCAUCCACCCUAUCCACAACAUUCCAAUCCCGCAUUAAAAGUAGUUCCCUGCCACCGCCCAACGGUAGAGUAGCCUCAGCGCCGCCAGCAACUGCAACAGCAACUGCAGCAGCAGCAGCAGCAGCAGCAGCAACCCGAGCGUCAGCCGCAGCAACAUCAGCAGCUAAAUCAGCAUUAAACGCUAAUCAGCCUCAUGCUAAUCAAUCACAAUCAUCACAAGCCAAGAGCGGCAGGCAAAUUUUAAAACCAUCGGCAACAUCCGCCCAACAGCAGCAACAGCAAAUGCGUAAGAAAGACAAAGAUAGAUCGAAUAGUAGUUGCAUUGGCAAUGGUAGUCAUGUUGGUGCUGGUAGCGGUAGUCAAGCAAAUAGUGCCAAGCAUCUGCAGAAUAAGCAAAAGCAACAACAACUACAGCAGCAACAGCAACAUCAAAAGCAACAACAACAACAGCAACCGCAACAGCAACAGCAACACGAUGUUUCAGCAGCAACAGCAGCAGCAACAUCGGCUCAAAUUCCAACCCGGCCUGCAACCAUCAACAUCAAACGGCUCACGGUACCAGGUCAGGAUAGAAAAUUGGCUGAAAACGAAGGCGAGGAUGGUCGUGAGACUGCCAUUUCCAUUUCCAGCUGCAGCCCCCAGCCUCCCGUGCCGGAAGUGCCCGAGGAGCCCCUGGUGAAGUCCCCACCAGAACCGACCCGGGUCAAGUCCCCGGAGCAGAUCAUAAUGCGCUCUCCCGAUCCAGUCAACUGGACGGUGCCCCUUGACACCGGCAAAACCUUCACCGUCACACAGAAUGUCAAAGACGGGGAGAACUACAGCCGACCGCAGAGCGAGAUAAAAGCGUCGACGCCGGUGGAGAAGCCCCCACCGCCACCACAAUCGGCACCGCCACAACUAACCGAACAGGCUAAAAUGGACGCCUGGAAGUCCUGCAGUCCAACCACCAGUGCCGCGAUCUACGGCAAAACGCUGACGCCCCAUGCCACGCCCACCGGCCAGCCGGGCGGGGCGGUGCGGUGCACUGCGGCCCAGGAUCAGCCGCCCCAGCAGCCAGAUCCGGCGAUGUCGUCCUCCUCGUCGACGGGCACGGCCUCCACCGCCCGGACAACUGCAGCGGAGGUCCUGGAGAAGGCUCGCGACCGCUUUGAUCGAUUCUGGGGCAGCAGCGCCAGCAAGGAGGAGAGCGUGUAGAUCCUGGACACGAGAUGCUGGUCAGGUAGUCAGUGCUUUUCAAGUGCAAAAUGUAUUCCUCAAGGCAGUUAGUUGGCCCUUGAUAGCAAGCAAUUAUGAUACGUAAUAGACGUUAUGCAAUACCUAAACAUAUACCCCAUCUAUCGUAUCCGAGAGCCUGAUUCCAGUGCGACACUUUUCUCCAUGCAAGUUAAAGUCAUAUUCGUUUAACCAAAAUUAUAAAUAAUUUUUGGUUUGCAUUUAGGUCCAAAAGUUAAAAUGGGCUUAUAAACUGCAUAGCUUUAGAACUAAUUCCAAUAUUUGAAGAAUUCGCUAAUAAUAAUAGGCAACGUAUUGUUUUAACCAGCCAGUUACAAAAAGGAAAAUAUUUCUAUUUCAAACUUUAGAUUUUUCAAAAGUUUCUCAUUUCUUAUUUAAGUUCUGAUCUAAGAAUUCCUACACUAACUGAGUUCUACUUUGCCUCUGAUUGGCUCUAUUCGUACAAAUUAUAUUAGCAAUGUUUUUGUUAGUAUUGGUAAAUAUUAUUUGGUAUUUUUAUUUCAACUCAAAUUUUGUUCAAAAUUUAAUUUAUAUUCGAUAAAAAAAUGAAAAGGAAAAUAUGUCGUAAUGAAAUCGGGAUAAGGGUAUAAGGGAAUCUCUUUCCGACUUGGCUUGAAUAUAAUGUUAAAUUCGCUUUUGGUUUCCUAGUUAAAGUGCUGCAAGCAAAUCUAAUCAGGCCAAAUGUCAUCUAACGACACGAGCAAUACACAAACAAUUUAUUUAUGUAAGACACUUUCACUGCCUUUACCCGAACAGAAAACAAAAUCAAACCAAUGUGGUAUACUUUGCAAUUAUCUCAAAAUAACUUUGCAAUAUUUCGAUAUCAUUAAAUCAUAAACAAUAAAUAUUUAAAUGGGACAAACAUCACCGCAAAGACCCGUCCAAAAAGUGAGGCCAUUCGACACGAGAUAUACUCACAUUUUUGUAACUUGCAUUAGUUGAGUAACCAAGCCGUAUAUUUGGGUAAUGCAUAAGGUGAUCUAAGCUAAACUGCUGAUCCGUCAAAUACCAAAAGUUGAUAAUAGAUUUUGCACAUGAACUACAAAAGGGAAGUACCAAAUACGACAACAGGAUGUUAAGAAUAAUUUAAGAUACAUUUUGGCUUAUAAAAACUUAAGGCAAAUGAUGAUUAAAAUAAAGCAACUACACAAUAAAACUACACAAAAACUGCAACAAAUUGAGAAUAUGCUUUGAAAAGCUGUGAAACUAGUUUCAGACAUUUCUUAUAUACCUAUAACGUGUCUGUGAAAAUAGUCGACAUGGAAACAAAGAUCAAACGAAAUCGAAAACAACUUAAUUGAUUCAAUCAUGUUUUGAGUAUACUAGCGCUUAAAUGAUGAAGACAAAUGCUUCCCGAAGGGCAAUAGCUUUGAGAAAGUUGAUGUAAUUUUUACGAGCAUUUGUUGGACUUUGUUUUUUAUAUCUCUCCGCGUACACAGUGUUUUAGUACAAACUAAAUACCAAUUAACUUUCAGUUUGGCAGAAACUUUUUUCCCGUAGGUUUUCACCUAAAAGCUUAAAAGUUGAGCCUCUCAAAGAAAGUACAGAAAAAAGACAAAACGUGUAAGCUGAAGUUAAAAUUUCAUUGCCAAUAAGUUGUGUGAUUAACUUCAGUAUUGAGCUUAAUUGUUGCUUGCCUAUAUAUAUUUUAAUAAAAAACACAAGUAAACGAAACCAAAAAAAAAUUAAGAAGAAAAUUUACGUCACUUCUAUGGUAUUUAUUAAACAGUUAAAUAUUUUGUAUGUGUUUUUCAUGAAUGAACCUGUUUGUUAGUUGAAAUCGAUGAGUUACAGAAUGUCAUUGAUAGUUACCGAGUUAGUGCAUAUUAUCAAGUGCCCCUAAGAACAAUAACUGUUUGUUACGAUCAUUCUAAAAAUUAUCACCGAUUCGAUCCCGUCAAGUGCAUUGGUUAAAAAUAAAUAACAAAGAAACUUAACUAAACACCGGCAAUCAUCAAAAUCUCAAGAAAUAACAAGACAGACGAAACAAACAGGAAAUGCACACUUACAUACACAAACACUAUUAUAUUUCCAGUUACAGUUUGAUAAAUAAAAACUUGACACAACCGAAUGGUAGGCUCUUAAACUCAUUUAGUUUUAAAUAUCGUACUUAACAAAUUUUAGGCAACUUUAAUAUGAAUCUACUUAAGAACGAACUUGAUAUAUAUUCUAGCUUGUUUACAAAGAAUAUGAAAUGAUUAACAAGAAAGAGAAGGUAAACCUAAACAAAUUAUAACCCAAAAACGAAUAGGCGCACGACAAAGGCUUUUUCUUAAAAAACAAUGGUAAAAUCGAUUUUUAUAAACACUUAAGUGAAAGUCAAAAUAAUACAAAUUUUCCAUUUUCGGUUGACUCACAUGGAAAUAUUAAAAAUCACAAACCAAUUAAAUAAAUUUAAAAAUCAGACUUUCACGCCUAAAUGCGCCCACGAUUUUAAGAUUUAAAAAAGCGUCAUACGAAAUGCAAUAAAACCAAUAACGAUACAACCCGAUUGAUAAUUUUUUCUGAAUUGUCAUAAAAAAAGGCACACCAAAUAGCCUUCAUAGAAAUGCUAAAUAACACAAUACAAUAUUAUUAUAAACGUACUUAAAAAAGAGACAGAAUCAUUUGAAAGAGGAUUAAUUAAUAUAACAAAAUAGAAAGAAAAAAUCAAGUGAUGGUAAAAUGAUUAUAACAUUGUAUGAACCGAAUAAAAAUGAAAAAUGCAUAUAAACGUUUUAAAAACUAUGU